CUAGCUGCCGACUUUCGUGUGCAAGGACCCCAUCGUUUUCGAGACUGGAGAGGAAGCAGCAGAACUGACUACCAGAGUGAACAGACACCUCAACACGAAGCUCGGCAGCUAACUUUAUUUUAAAGGAGACAGCGGGCUGUUUUCCCCAGCGACAACAACAACAGCCCAGGGUUGUCAAACAACAAGCAUCAUUCAGUGUCAGCCAGAGGUAGCAGCUGGAGCUCACAGUCGUCUCGUCCCUGCUUCUCUGGAGUCUGGUGUUCCUGCUUCAGCCACAAGAUAGCCUCUAAGCCAACAUACCCGGCUCUGCAGAUCAUCAGAUUAAAUUUAUCGCUGACCCUGCCAGCUGUUGCUGAGUCACACGUGACAGGUGUUGUGGUCAAUAUUCAACCUCUAGAUUAGUCAACAAUGUCCGUGGACCCCCUGCCUGAAGGCCGAAUCUACAUUCAUCAUUUGGUGUUAGAAAUCUUGAAACCACAAGACCUUCCCAAAACCCCCUGACUAUUGGUGUCUUUGGGCAUCAGCUUCUGUGUUGAUCCACUUCCUGGCAUCUGCCGUUGUUCAGUCACUUUCUCACAUUUUAGCAGAGACAGGAUGCUCUAGUGGUUAGGGAGACUUCUUCAACUGUAUGGGUAUUGCACAAGCACAGGCCCUGCUGGGGUUUAUUUGAGUGAGACACUGAAUCCACACCAGCUCUAGGAAUGCCUUGUUAGACUCUGACUUCUGUGGAUAAGGACAACAGAGAAGAGAAUUUCCUUGCAGGAAUCAACAUACUGUCACAAUUUUUAUCAAAGAUAAAACCGUCAGCCACAGACCAGGCUUCCUUACUGCCCCUCCCCUUCCCCGCCCCCAGUAUCAUGCUGGGUGCACUCCUGCGGAGGAACAUGUCCCAGAAGCUGAGCGUGCUGCUGCUGGUAUUCGGCCUGGCAUGGGGUCUUAUGCUGCUGCGCUACACCGUGCAGCAGCCUCGACAUCAGAGCAGUGCUGAGCUGCGUGAGCAGAUCCUGGAGCUCAGUCGGCGAUAUGUUAAGGUCCUGACAGAGGAGAACCAGAACGCACCAGGUGGGCCGCAGGGAACCUCCAUGGCUGGUUAUGCUGAUCUGAAGCGGACUAUAGCUGUUUUGCUGGAUGACAUCCUAACGCGGCUAGUCAAACUGGAGGGCAAAAUCGAAUUGGUGGUCAAUGCCUCCUCCACUAACACUUCCCACACAGCAGGGGGCGUCCUGGCCUCCAGCCAUCCAGGGACAUCCCGCCUUCACCCACACAUGCCUAAUAGGCCUCGACCACAUCAAGGAGCAUAGCUUUGAUAGAUGAAUAGAGUUUUUGUUUUUAGCAUAUCACACUUUUCCAGCAUUUAUCACUGAUGUAACAUCAGACAAUUGGAAAGCAAUAGGGAGACACAUGGACAUCCAGAAACUUCAAAUUUGGGAUGCAUCUAAGAAGAGAGAGGACUUUUUCAUGCUCUGUCCUAUCAUAUGCUGAUAUUUAUUUUUUUUACCAAGACUAUCCAGUGCAUUUUUAUAUUUUCAUUGCUGAUUUUAUUCGGCUUACAUUUUAGCAUUUUUUAUAAUGCCACAUUUGAAUCUUGUGACUGUUUAAGUGAAAGCAAAGAGGUAUAAACUUUUGGAACUCAAAUUGAAUCUCAUACGCUUUAUCAUAAAACAUGGCUUAAAAUGUUUCUCCGUCUAAAUUGUAAAAAUAAUUACAAUACUGCUUCAACAUAUCAAAAUGCUGAACUAAACAGUACAGUCAUGAUAGUUAGGAAUAGCAACAUUUCAGUUUUUUGCUGGUGUGGUUGCUAAAUACAUAUGAAUAAGAUAAGACUGAAUAAGAUUUUAACCUACACGUGUAGUGAUUUUAAGGAUCAUUAAACUCUAUAGUUCACCUGUAAGAGAUAAUCCAAAGAAUGUUAUAUGCACUCCAUCUGAAGGAAGUAUAAAUGUAUACAAUUGCUGCAAAACAAUUUGGGGGUUAUGCAGAAUAUGAUGGAACGAUGUCUAUUUGCUACUGUAAACAUGAGCGUGUGUGUGAUUUGUCUCAGUUGUAAUCCAACAGUUCCCAUGCCAGGUGUUGAGAGAUGUUUUUAAUGUAGAUGUGGAACAGAUUGAAUGUACUGUGUGGUCAGUAUUUAGCCCUGUAAUGCUGUUCAGAUGGCUGACCUACUGCUUACACAUGUUCAGGGUUCAUGUUGCACUGUGACUCUUGAGAUUUUCUAAAAAUACUGGGCUCAUCCAACUUUGACUUUAGGUAUGUUUUAGGCUUUGAAAUAUUCAUUCUUCCAGCCUGCCUGCUGAGUAUGGUUUCUAUAAUAUUUUGAAAUGCUGGCAAAAUACCUCAUCCUGUCCUGCCCAGAGGUAGAAAAUCUUUAAUUUGCUCAUCACAAUGCUCAUUUACAUGAUGACUUUGUCCUGCCAGAAAAAUAGGCAAUACUUUAAUCAAUAUUACUUGGGGAUGGUAUGAGACAAAGUCAAUGUGGGUGGAAAACUAAAACAUGAAAAAAAUGUGAUUAAAAUGUAAACUUGUAGUCAUAAUUGCCCAUUUACUUUGCUUCAUAAUGUUGCGGACAUGUUACAAACUUGUAUGUAUGUUGUGGUCACUAUAGAAUGAAUUUAUUGAUCUUUGGUUUGACUGUGUUUACACUUAGUGACACCAUAACUGUACUUUGCUUCAUAAUGCUAAAGUAGAAAUGAUGAUGAGCCCGUCAGCUGCUGUGAGAUAGCUUUACUAAUAAAUUGACCUCAUGGAAAAAUAA